AUGGCCUCUCAACAAAUAAACCCGAGAAGGCAGCAAGAGCUGCAAGCGCAAUAUCAAAACUACAAAACCGCCCUCCAACAACUCGCGCAGAAGAUCGGGGACAUCGAGCAGGAGACCGAAGAACAUAAACUCGUCAUCGACACGCUACAGCCCCUCCCCGGCGACCGCAAAUGUUUCCGGAUGAUCAACGGCGUGCUCGUGGAGCGGACGGUGAAGGACGUGAUCCCGCCGCUCAAGACGAAUUCGGACGGGCUGAAGCAGGUGCUGGAUGAGUUGCUGAAGCAGUACAAGGCGAAGCAGGAUGAGUUGGAUGGGUGGAAGAAGAAGAAUAAUGUCCAAGUCGUGCGGGAAUAG